ACAGCAACACUGUUUGCGGAUCAACAAUCUGUUGGGCUAGGACCAGCUUGGUGCGUGCAUGCGUGAUAAGUGUGUGUCCGGGAUUGACCUCAACCAGACGGAUUUCCACGGGAACGGCUAGUCAUUCUCACCCUUCGUCCAUUCCAGCCACGCACGUGUUGCCAGACUCCAAUCAUGGCCAAUUUAGACGAUUUCUUCGCCAAGAAGGACAAGAAGAAGAAGCAGCGGGGCUUCAGCAAGGCCAAUACGGACGUGUUGGCCAAGAACCUCGAGGAGCAAGACCGCAAGGAGAUGCUAUCGGCCAGUGAGCAGGCUUCUCGAGGACCCUUGGCCACCUCGGAGGCCACCAAAUUGGCUUUGGAGACCACCGAUAUUGACUUGGCUGGAAAUUCCAGACAAAACUCGCAAACGGACGAUGAUUGGUUUGAAUACAAGAAGGAGAGAGACUUCAGCGACCUUAAGAUCAAGAACCUCAUGAUUGAGCAUCCCGAAGAGAAUCACGACGAUGAUGAACAUGAAGUCAACGAGGACGGACAGAAAGUGCUCAAAGUCAAGGGCGAGAGCGUUUGGAGUAAAAGCCAAGGCCAGAACAACAACCAGACAUCCGCAGAAAACUCGUCCAACGACGAUUCGAGCACCGAAAAUCGACCUAGCGCUAAUGACACAUCUUCUGCCCACGACGCUUCCAAAUCGGCUGGUGAAUCGGGCAGCACUGCUGCCUCGGUGGCUGCCGCGUACGUCCCGCCUCAUAUGAAAAACAGCGCUGCCGGCCACUCGUUAGCUCCCGUGAGACUCGCGGGGAUGCGCAGUGGCGGUCACGGGCCUGGUAUGCGGAAUCGUGCCGCACCCAAUAUCAAUAGCGAGGUCAAUUUCCCGUCCUUGGGCGGUGGCGCUGUGGAACCGGGCCGAAAUACCGGCCCUUUAAUCGCGAGUUGUUGGUCCGAAUCUAACAAUCGACUCAAAGAUGGUCAUGAUUUCGAGGAGGUUCGUUCCGGAGGCUCCACAGGGAGUUCUAAGGCCUUUGAUGCUCCCAAGGUGUCCCUAGACAACAAAUUUGAACUCCUUAGAGAAUAGAUAGGCGGUGAUGCGAAACUUCAUACAUCCAGCUUGAAACGCUUCGUUUUGUCAUCCGUCACCGACGAGAGGAAUAAAGAACACCUAUUAU